AUGUCGACCCAGCCAUCUGCUGCACGCGCAAUUAUCCAUCUCCUCUCCAAACUCGGUCCUCAAACCACGCAACAACUUCAUAAGCAUGUAACCGAGUUCCCUGCACUAGGCAGUUCAACUUACUUAAAGCGCAAAGUUCUAGUCCACAUGAAAGGGCAGGGAUUGAUAACCAAACGAAAACCGCGUGAUGAGGAGCUGACUCAAUUGGGUUAUCCUGCAGGAGCACAAAAGUGGUUAUGGUAUUUGAAUCCAAAGAAGAUUGAUAGCGAAAAGUAUAAGAAUAUGCCACAUGAAGAUGAAGUCGAUGAUGUAAUUAAGCAUGUGGAUGAAGGCCUAAUCAAAAAAGCGGAUAAAGAGAUAGUGGAAACUAAACCGGAGCGUGAGGAGAUGGAUCAUGGUGAAGAGAAGAGAAUUAAUGGAAGAUUUUUCAAAAAAUUGUUUUGA